AUGAUCAGCUUGGCGAGGGGCAUACUCUAUCACACGUACGGUCGGAACUUGGGUAACUUUUUAUUCAACACAUUUUUAUUUUUUGCGAAUUAUUUGAAUUGCGUUUGUCUCGUUUUGAAGAAGAUAUCAUGCCUAUUCGACAGAACGAACUAUACAGAGCUAUGCAGUAAACGUGAAAAACGAUAAAUGGAAAAUAAAAAUUUAGGCCUCUUAAGUAUUGCCCCUAUUAACGAUGUAGAAACGUUAAACAAAUCUCUGCUCGAAAUGGAGACUGAAAUAAACGAGCGUCUGUCCACCGAACUUGAGGAUUUUUAUGACGACGAAUAUAACUUCGACUUCAUUGCCAUGGUUCAAGAAAACGAUUUGGACGAGUAA